UUUACUUCUUCUUCGUACUAGGGUUUUUCUUCAAAGCCUACGCCAUUUCUCGGAAAGUAGUGUAGCUUCGAAGUUGCACCUUGUUUCUGAGUUUUUUGUUCUUACUUGUAAUAUAUAUCUCCGGGAAACACAAGGGUACUCCCUCUUUCCAGUAUUUAGAACUACAGAAGAAUAUAGUUUGAGAUAUAGAUAUAUCAUGGAAGAGAGAAGUGAUUCUUCUGAGAAGAUUGAUGAAGUUAUGCUUCCAGGGUUCAGGUUUCACCCAACUGAUGAGGAGCUUGUUGGGUUCUACCUCAAGAGAAAGAUUCAGCAGAGACCUCUCUCUAUAGAACUCAUAAAGCAGCUUGAUAUCUAUAAAUAUGAUCCAUGGGAUCUUCCAAAGUUGGCAAGUACGGGUGAGAAAGAGUGGUAUUUUUACUGUCCUAGAGACAGAAAAUACAGAAACAGUGCAAGGCCUAAUAGGGUGACAGGAGCUGGAUUCUGGAAAGCCACAGGUACUGAUAGGCCCAUAUAUUCCUCUGAGGGCUCCAAGUGCAUUGGGUUGAAGAAAUCUCUUGUCUUUUACAAAGGAAGAGCUGCCAAAGGAGUCAAAACUGACUGGAUGAUGCAUGAGUUCAGAUUACCCUCUCUCUCUGCUGACUCAUCCUCUUCACCAAAAAAGUUCACAGAAAGAACCAUCCCUGCUAAUGACUCAUGGGCAAUCUGCAGAAUAUUCAAGAAAACAAACUCUACAGCCCAGAGAGCUCUCUCUCAUUCAUGGGUCUCUCCUUUCCCUCAUCAUGAAAUGAACACUUCUGAGAUGCUAACCAACGACGAAGACACUUCCAAGUUUUGUUCAGAUCAAAACAUGUCAUUGACAAAGAAAACUAGCUUACCCAACCAGUUCUGUACCACUCCUACAAAUACCACCACAACCAGUAGUGUUCUUUGCCCUUUAGAUAAUAUUGCCUCUUACAAACCCAUCAUUAACCCAUUAUUGCUUUACAAGCCCUUUGACCAAUCACCCAUCAUUUCUAAUAAUUCAGACCUUAUGUUUUCAUCACCAUCACCUCUCGAGCCAUGCAGUACUGCUAAAGCAGCCACUGCCAUGGACAUUUCCUCAAUGUUACUGAGCAUGUCAUCAUCAUCUUUUUUGCUUGGGGAUCACUUUAGUACCAAGGCUUCAUCAUCAUCUGAGGGUGCAAACAAUUUUGGAGGGUUUCACCAAGAACAGUACAGCAGUAAUAAUACUGGGUGUUCAUCAUCAUCAUCAUCAAUAGCUUUACCUGUAUUAAUCCAAGAUGGGAAUAAUGCAUUGGUGAAGAUGAAUCACCCAGUGAAUGUGGUAAUGCCUAGAGUGCUGAUGGAGGAGCAAGACCAGAUGGAGACAGGAGGAGGAUCCAAUAAUAAUAAUAAUAAUAUGAAUGGGUUUGCUGCUUUAAGCAGUGUCGGUAAUUUGAAUAUGCAUGAAGCAUGGAAGUCAAAUCUGCUUUGGGAUAGUUCAUCUUGUCCUUGUGAUCACGUGCCCCCAUCAAGUUAUUCCACUACUACCAAGUGCUAUACUUAGGAGACUCAUCGAAUUUAUUAUUAUAUACAUAUAUUAAUUGUUAGAAGCCAUUGUUUUUCUAGCUAGCUUAUAGACAGUAGUGUAGUCGGUCUGACUUUUUCUUUUUAUCUGGUUUUCCCCAUAUCCCCUUAGAUUUCUGUACGUUCAAUUUAAAUUAGCAUGUUAGCUUUUUUCUUUUAUUGUUAUUAGAGCUAGGAUGACUUUGAACCUUUUGUAACUCUGACAAAAUGCAAGUGUUUGUGGAAUAGAAAGUUGUCAACAAUCUUAAAAAGUUCAAACACAAGAAUGAUGAA